AUGGGUUCUAUUCCUCAAGACAUUGUCUAUGACUUCGUCAUUUGUGGCGGCGGCACAUCUGGAUGUGUAGUAGCCAGCCGUCUUGCAGAAGAUUCCGAUGUGAGUGUCCUCGUCAUCGAGGCAGGCCAGCACAACAAGGAUCUCGAGAAUGUCCACAUGACUGGAGGUUGGUCUCAACUUUUUGAUAAAGAGACAGAUUGGAAUGUGAUCAGCGAAGCAAAGCCUGCUGUAAAUAACAGGCAGGUUAAACUUAGUCGUGGCAAGUUCCUUGGCGGCUGCUCUGGAUGUAAUGGAACCCUCUGUAUCCGUGGCGCCAAGCAGGACUACGAUGAUUGGGGUGUUGAAGGUUGGAGUGGCGAGGACUUUUUCAGAUACAUUCGCAAGGCUGAGAACUUCCAUGGAAAGGACUGGUUCAAGGCGUCCAAUGACCAUGGCACCGAUGGUCACUUAGACAUUGAGCCCCACGACCUGGCGCCCAUAUCCAAUCUGAUCAUGGACUCCAUGGUGGAUAAGGGACUCCCUCUUGACCAUGACAUGUUCACUCAUGGCGAAAACCCUCAUGGGUGCGGCCACGCACCCAGAACGGUUUAUAAGGGCUCGCGUACCACAGCCGCUAACUUCGUCACCAAUCACAACACAAGAGAUAACCUUCAUCUUUUGACGGAGACACACGUCGACAAGGUGAUCAUAGAGAAUUCUGAUGGUGAGCUAAAAGCUGUCGGCGUCCAAGCAGUCAAGGCCGACGGUUCCAUCGUCACCAUUAGGGCUCGCAAGGAAGUUAUCGUCAGCGGCGGUGCCUAUUGCAGUCCGAACAUCCUGAACCGCUCUGGUAUUGGUGCCAGGGACGAACUGGAAAAGUUCGGUAUCGAGACUCUCGUUGACUUGCCUGGUGUUGGAAAGAAUCUGAUGGAUCAUCUUAUUGUUUUCAUGUUUUAUGAAACUGAAAGGGAGGGUCUGACUAACGACCACCACGUCUACCAUGGUGAUAACUUCGCCAAGACAUACGCUUUGUGGAAGGAUCAUAAGGCGGGUUUUCUUUCGACCUUCCCUUUCGGCGCCUUUGCCUACGCCCGUUUAGACGAGCGCCUCAAAGAUUCCGACCUCUGGAAGAACGCCCCGCGCAGCGAGGGACGUGACCCUAUGGGGCUUACUCCCAAACAGCCCAACAUUGAGUUCUUUACAACCGAGUGUUAUGGCGGGCCUAAGCAAUUUGACAAAUUUCCUACCGAUGGAAAACAUGCUUUCAGCAUGAUUGCCGAGCUUUUUGCCCCGAAAUCACGCGGUACAGUCACGCUUCGUAGUACUGAUGCUACUGCUGUCCCUGUUGUUGACACGAACUAUCUUGCCGAUCCCCUCGAUGUGGAGGUCCUCGCCGAGGCUUGCCGAUUCGGCAACGAAAUCAUUAUGGAAGGUAGCGGCACCAAGGACAUUGUGAAGGGUUCGUGGCCUAGUGACCUUGUACAUCACAAGUACAAAACUCGGGAGGAAUGGAUCCCUUACGUCAAAGACAAUGCAACAACUUGUUACCACGCCGCUGGUACAUGCGCCAUGGGAAACACAAAUGAUCCCAAGGCUGUUGUUGAUGCGACGCUGACUGUGAAGGGCGUGAAGGGACUGCGAGUUGCUGACUGUAGCAUCAUGCCGAUUCUCAACGGCGGUCACACCCAAAUGCCUGCAUAUGGCAUUGGCGAGAAGGCUGCUGAUCUCAUUAAGCAGACGUGGAAGCUUAAGUGA